AAUAGAGGGCCCGCUCCUCCCCAAACUCGUUUUUCCUUACGUUCCUCUGCUUCUAUUCGGUGUCACUUUGUUAGCGCAUACCUGAUAUCGCUAAGAACAACCCGUUUAAGCCCUCGCUCGCUGCACUUUCGGAGACCAACCAAUCUUUUAUAUCGCUCCCACUGACCAAUCAUCUUGGAAAUGUUGCCCCUCGGACUCCUCACGGCCGCUCAAGGCCAUCCAAUGCUCGUGGAACUCAAGAAUGGCGAAACGUUGAACGGACAUCUUGCCAAUUGCGAUAACUGGAUGAACUUAAUACUUAAAGAAGUCGUUCAGACUAGUCCAGAAGGCGAUCGGUUCUUCCGGCUGCCCGAAGUCUAUAUCAGAGGAAACAAUAUCAAAUACCUACGGAUUCCCGAAGAGAUCAUAGAGAUGGUCAAGGAACAGCAGCAAAAUCAGCCCUCGAACCGCAAUCGGGGUGGGCACUCUCACCGCGGUGACAGAGGUGAUCGGGGUGGUCGUGGUGGACGUGGACGUAGUCGCGGUCGCGGUCGCGGCGGCAGCAACUGAAGAUAUGUCCAGGUCAUGAUUACAAGAGAUGCGAGAUAAAGAUAGAUACCCCCGAGGUGAAGGUGUAGGUAAUUUAUGAGGUCCGUUGGGCGGAUUAGUUGAGCAUGAUCCUGGCGUAUCUGGCUCUGUUUUCUUUUCUUUUUUUUAAUCCAAUGGGGAUUGUGCCAUAAGAACCACUGUUUUUAUUUCCCUUCUUGAAUAGCCUUCUUAUUUAGAAUCUGGAUAAUAAAAUCUUGUAAAAGUACUGUGCUAAUCAGGGCCGCACAUCUAUG